AGCAGGAGAUAAGAGUAAAGAUCCGUGUGUUUGAUACUGGAACCGGAGAAAUAUUUCACACACAGCCCAUUGUCUUAUAACGAAACUGUCGGGAAUGGUAUGGAGGAAAUCUCGAGAUGGAGCGCGUAUCAGCUUCUGUAAAAGCAGAUCUGUGUGCCCUGCAAUGAAAAGUGGAAGUGGAGGUGGUCCAUACUUGGCUGAGGUGUAUCUGGAUUUGAUAACCAUCGGAGUCAAAGGUGCAGUGAGUGAUGUCUGUUUGACAGGGUCAGGACAGCAGGACUGAACAGACACUACAGUGUGCAUUUGUGUUGUGCAAAGGGCACUGUCUUGCCCAGACCAUGUGGCUGGCUACAUUUAGAGACCAUCUGUUGCCUGCACACCUGCUACAUCAGCAAGGGACUGUAACCAUCACCCACUGUGCUCUUCUUUGGUGGAUAUUAUGUUCCUGCUGGUCAUUCACCAAGGCAACGAGCCAGAAAUUCUACCCGACAGUCACCACCCAGUUUGGGAAACUUCGAGGCCUCAGGGUUCCUGUGCCCAGCGAGGUGCUGAGGCCCGUUGAUCAGUAUCUAGGUGUCCCCUAUGCCGCCCCACCAGUGGGUGAGAAGCGUUUCAUGCCCCCAGACCAGCCCUCCUCUUGGUCAGGUAUCAAGAAUGCUACCCACUUCAUGCCUGUGUGCCCUCAGAACAUCCACAACACCGUGCCAGAGAUCAUGAUGCCCAUAUGGUUCACCUAUAACCUGGAUACUGUAGCCACAUACAUUCAGGAUCAGAGUGAGGACUGUUUAUAUCUAAACAUCUACGCUCCAACAGAGGAUGGGAGCCAACACAAGAAAAAGGGGGCGGCUUUCUCACAUGCUGAGACUCAUAUAUCUGAAGAUAUAAGGGACUCUGAAGCCCGACCUGUGAUGGUCUACAUCCAUGGAGGCUCCUAUAUGGAGGGCACUGGGAACAUGAUGGACGGCAGCGUGCUGGCCAGUUAUGGGAAUGUUGUUGUGGUCACGCUCAACUACAGAAUUGGAAUAUUAGGCUUCCUCAGUACCGGUGACCAAGCAGCAAAAGGAAACUAUGGACUCCUGGACCAGAUUCAAGCUCUUCGUUGGAUCAGUAAGAACAUCGGUUACUUUGGAGGAGACCCGGGCCGCAUCACAGUCUUUGGAUCUGGGAUCGGUGCAUCCUGUGUCAGUCUGCUAACAUUGUCCCACCACUCAGAGGGUUUAUUCCACAGAGCCAUCAUCCAGAGCGGUUCAGCUCUGUCCAGCUGGGCUGUCAACUACCAGCCAGUCAAGUACACUCGAAUGCUGGCCGAAAGGGUUGGCUGCAACGUGCUGGAUACCGUGGACAUGGUCUCCUGCCUGCAGAAGAAGAGUGCUAAGGAGCUGGUGGAGCAAGACAUCCAGGCUGCGCGAUACCGCGUGGCUUUUGGCCCUGUCAUUGACGGUGACGUCAUCCCAGAUGACCCCGAGAUCCUGAUGGAGCAGGGCGAGUUCCUUAACUAUGACAUAAUGCUGGGGGUUAACCAAGGAGAGGGAUUGCGCUUUGUGGAGAAUGUGAUGGACCUGGAGGACGGUGUGUCUGGCAGCGACUUUGACUUUGCUGUGUCAGACUUUGUGGACAGUUUGUACGGUUACCCAGAAGGGAAGGACACACUGAGGGAGACAAUUAAAUUCAUGUACACAGACUGGGCUGACAAGGACAACCCAGAAACAAGGAGGAAGACCCUGGUGGCUCUAUUCACCGACCACCAAUGGGUGGAGCCCUCAGUGGUGACGGCUGACCUACAUGCCCGCUACGGCUCUCCCACGUACUUCUACGCCUUCUACCACCACUGCCAGAGCCUCAUGAAGCCUGUGUGGUCAGACUCAGCGCACGGAGAUGAGGUGCCUUAUGUGUUUGGCAUCCCCAUGGUGGGCCCAACGGAUCUUUUCCCCUGUAACUUCUCUAGGAAUGACAUCAUGCUCAGCGCUGUGGUUAUGACUUAUUGGACCAACUUUGCCAAAAGUGGGGAUCCUAACAAGCCAGUGCCACAGGACACCAAGUUCAUCCACACCAAGGCCAACCGCUUUGAGGAGGUGGCCUGGUCUAAGUACGACCCCUAUGACCAGCUGUACUUGCACAUUGGCCUAAAGCCUCGUAUCCGCGAUCACUACCGCGCCACCAAGGUGGCCUUCUGGAAACACCUGGUACCCCAUCUCUACAACCUCCACGACAUGUUCCAUUACUCCUCUACCACCACCAAGGUCACCCCGCUGGAUCCCACCCAGUCCAAUGGCAAAAAGUCUGGCAGCACAGGGCGUCCUCCUGUAUCCACUGCUCACAGUGACGGGGAAGGGGGGAGGGAGAUGGGUCCUCUAAUCAUGCCGAACCCGAGAGAUUACUCCACAGAGCUCAGCGUCACUAUUGCUGUAGGGGCAUCAUUGCUCUUUCUCAACGUCCUGGCCUUCGCUGCUCUGUACUACCGAAAGGACAAGCGCAGUCGGCAGGACACGUCGCAGCAGCCCAGUCCCCAGCGAGACAGCAAAGGCAACAACGUGAGCCACACCACCACUGUAGACGAGACCCUGUCAUCCCAGCAAAGGAACCAGUGUGAGGCCCUUCACAAUCCUCUUCACGUCUCACCCAGCUUAGACUACUCACUUACCCAGCGCCGCUCUCCUGAUGACAUCCCUCUGAUGACCCCCAACAACAUCACCAUGAUCCCCAACUCCCUGAUGGGCCUCUCCAACAUGAGUCCGUACAGCACCUUCCCGGCUGGUUACAGCUCUGCAGGCCUGCCCAGCACCCACUCUACCACACGGGUAUAACCUGGCAGGAGAUGGAAAUUAGAAAUGUGACGUACGUAAAACAUGGAAAUGUAAAGCUGUAUUUAGGAUGUGUAGGUAAAAUAGGAUUGAUUAUGUUUGUUCUGUCUUUUCCAAAGGUGUACAACCGCCAACAUCCUGCCUUUGCUCUCUCAUAAUAGGAAGUCUAACUGCAGAGUCAUUUUAUAAUACUCAUUUUAAAAGGCAGUUAAAAAGAAAAAAGUGCAUUUCAUUUUCCACUUUGGCUUUUUUGGAACUUUACCUAGCAAGAACUUAAUAUAAUGUUUAUACAGUUGGAUUUGUAUGGAAAGCUUUUUCUUACUCUGUGAUAUCUAUUUUGAUCUCGAGGAACGAAGUGACAUUACAACUCGUGGUGGACAGAGAUGAGAUCUGGGAAAAGCCGAAAGCAGUAUUAUUAUUACUAUUAUCGAGCUAUUUUAUACAUAUUUCUCAUGGUACAUUGCUUAUUAUGAAAAUGUAUUUUUACUGCAAUUACUUUAAAAUGCCUUGUAACUCGCUCACAUAAGAAAUUACUGUGGAAUCAUAUCAACAGUGGAUUGAAAUGUUACUGGUCACACGUGGUAAAAAUGUCCAACAUAUUUCUACCUGGUAGUGCAAAAUAUAGCACCCCUGUGUGUGUGUGUGUGUGUGUGUGUAUGUGUGUGUGUG